AUGGCAGGCUCGCUUGAUCUGCUCUCUGAAGCUAGCCGCCUUCGCCUGGGAGUUCCAUGCUCACUUGCUGACGAACAUCCUUGCCACGGCGGCUCACACCGCGUAUUCGAAGUUGUCUUUGAAGACUCCGUACGAUGGGCUGCCCGAGUCAAUACCGAUUCCAAUAAUUGGAAAAACGAACUGCGAGCCGUUAGACAAUUCCAGCAUGUUAAACAGCAACGCGCAGAGAUCAAAGCGCCAAACCUUUUUGUGGAAGCAGAACACCCUGUGCUGUACUCAGAAUGGGUCAGUGGCAAGCCGCUAGCGAUCUGGAAUUUUCAAAUCCCUCUAGUUAAACGUCAAAGGCUUCUGGAUGACCUCGCAGAAUUUCUGUUGCAACUAUGGACUACUCCUGUUCCUUCCGCCUUUGUUGCAGAGAAAAAUUGUCUAUACUCAGUCUGGCUCACGAAAAGCCUGGACCGAGGUCUUCGACGAACCCUCAAUGGCACUGCUAGAUGGGGCAAUGCUAUUGACUAUCUGAUCAUGCGGUCGAUGAUCCCAAAUUAUGCUGCUGAGUUUGAUAAAUACACUGGCAUCGGCUUUACUCAUGGGGAUCUGAAUGCGCACAAUAUCAUGAAAAGCGACGACUUUCACUUGACAGGGGUCAUUGACUGGGAUUGGAUGUCUGUGGCACCGCUGCCAGCCAUUAUUCACCACCCUUGGUUCAUAGCCGACAUUCCUGGAUGGAAUAAUGAUGGUGUGGCAGAAGGCGAAAGCUUCACAGAAGACCGUCUUUACCUUGAGGAUUCUAUCAAGAAGAAAGAGCUUCCACAGCACCCGCCACUUAUGUUGUCAACGUUGCUGAAUGACUCUGGAAAGAGACUGUUUUUCCAGUCAGCCUUCCACUUCAAAGACGUCCAUGAGAGUUUUGUCAAGACGCACUGUCCACGGACAGAAAAGAACAUCAGGGCUGCGAGGUCACAGUUAGAUACUGUACUUCGUUUGUAUCCUGAGUUGGGAGAUACAGAGUAUGUACAGAAAGUCAAGAACCUACUAGAGAGAAGCGACGAAAAAUGA